CUCUAUUAUCAUCAUCUACGCGAUGACUACUCAUCCUGAAGUACUGUGGGCACAACGAAGCUCCAACACUAACGACGAGAGGAACAUUAUCUAUCUCACCGUCAACGUCCCAGAAAUCCAGGCUUCGACCCUGGAAUGCAAUUUGACAUCUACCAGCAUAUCGUUCAAGACGAAAGCCGGAAACCCAGAAAAAGGUUUCCCCGAGAAGUCAUACGCCUUCGACCUACAGUUUUUCGAGGAAAUUGACCCCGAGAAAUCAUUGAGGCGUCUGAACACUCGUUCUCUCUUUCUCACACUUCGAAAGAAAGAAAAGAAGGAGGAAUUCUGGCCUCGUCUUACCAAGGAGAAAGUCAGGAAUGCCUUCCUGAAGACUGAUUUCAGCAAAUGGGUCGACGAAGAUGAGCAAGACGGUGUCGCGGUCGAGGCUGAAGAUGACAUGGAGGCCAUGGGUGAAAUGGGUGGAAUGGGCGGCAUGCCCGGAAUGGGCGGAAUGCCUGGAAUGGGUGGACUGCCUGGAAUGGGUAUGGGUGGAAUGGGCGAUAUGGACAUUGAAAAGCUGAUGGCUCAGAUGGGCCAGGGUGGUGGAGCUGGUGCCGGACCCUCUGGCGCGGCGGAUGACGGUUCUGAUGACGGUUCCGAUGAUGAUGGUCUUCCUCCUCUCGAAGAUGUUGAGCCGGCCAAGUAAGGCGGGCACUGUAGAAGAAAAUAUUCAUUACUAGGUCCUCGGGUGUUGUUCAGAUCUGGCGUGAUGAUCCUGUUUCCUGCCGCGCAUGUGCUCUACAGAUGGCCUUUAAAUUGUUGUAGCUUUUAGAAUUUGGUAGCAGUAGUAUUUGCCCUCGAAAAACU